AAAAAAAAAAAACGAAACUCAACGAAAACGCACGCCAGCGACGUGAGAGGGGCACACUUGGACCCUAUGGUCUUCUCCUUCCUUUCGGAUUUCGAAUUAGGGCUAGGGUUUCAAAUUCCCUCUCCGAUCGAUGCCCAUUCAAUUUCCAUGUGACGUAAUUCGUCCUAAAUUGUCCAAGUUUUGAGAAAACUCUGUAUCCAAUCUCGAUCCGAAUCGGAUCGAGACACUUCUAGGGGUUUCGAUGGCGGCGAGCGAGGCUCUGUCGAUUAUACCUGCUGGAGUUAUUCGGAAUCUCGCCGAUAAGCUCUACGAGAAGCGGAAGAAUGCAGCGCUCGAGAUCGAGGGGAUAGUGAAGCAGCUGGCUCAAGCGGGAGAGCACGAUAAGAUUUCUUCUGUGAUUAGUUUGUUGACUAAUGAAUUCACCUACUCGCCGCAAGCUAAUCAGAGAAAGGGUGGAUUAAUUGGACUUGCUGCAGCUACCGUUGGUUUAACAACUGAAGCUGCCCAACAUCUUGAGCAAAUUGUACCGCCAGUACUCAAUUCGUUUCUUGACCAAGAUGGCAGAGUUCGGUAUUAUGCUUGUGAAGCAUUGUAUAACAUAGCAAAGGUUGUCAGGGGAGAUUUUAUUGUGUACUUUAAUCAGAUAUUUGAUGCACUUUGUAAGCUUUCUGCUGAUUCAGACCCCAGUGUGCAGAGUGCUGCACAUUUGUUGGACCGUCUUGUGAAGGAUAUUGUAACAGAGAGCGACCAAUUCAGCAUAGAAGAGUUUAUACCACUUUUAAGAGAGCGCAUGAAUGUUCUCAAUCCUUAUGUACGACAAUUUUUGGUGGGAUGGAUCACUGUCUUGGACAGUGUUCCUGACAUUGAUAUGCUGGGUUUCCUUCCAGAUUUUCUUGAUGGUUUAUUUAAUAUGUUAAGUGAUUCCAGCCAUGAAAUAAGACAGCAAGCUGAUUCUGCACUUUCUGAGUUUCUCCAAGAAAUAAAGAACUCUCCAAAUGUAGAUUAUGGCCGUAUGGCUGAAAUAUUAGUUCAGAGGGCAGGUUCUCCUGAUGCAUUUACCCGUUUGACAUCUAUUACUUGGAUAAAUGAGUUUGUGAAACUUGGUGGAGACCAGCUUAUCCCUUACUAUGCAGAUAUUUUAGGAGCUAUAUUGCCCUGCAUAUCAGACAAAGAAGAAAAGAUAAGAGUGGUUGCUUGUGAGACCAAUGAAGAGCUUCGUACUAUACGUGCAGAUCCUGGUGAGGGAUUUGACGUAGGAGCCAUUCUCUCAAUUGCAAGAAGUCAAUUAACUAGUGAAUGGGAAGCUACCAGGAUUGAGGCAUUGCAUUGGAUAGCAACACUUUUAACCCGGCAUCGAGCUGAGGUGAUUUCCUUCUUGAAUGAUAUUUUCGAUUCUCUUUUGAGAGCACUAUCAGAUCCUUCUGAUGAGGUUGUUUUGCUGGUACUAGAAGUUCACGCAUGCAUUGCGAAAGAUGCUCAGCACUUCCGCCAUCUUGUCGUUUUCUUAAUUCAUAAUUUUCGCUCUGACCAUUUGCUGCUUGAAAAGCGUGGUGCUCUUAUAGUACGUCGGCUUUGUGUCCUUUUGGAUGCGGAACGUGUUUUCCGUGAAUUUUCUACAAUUCUUGAGGGUGAAGAUGAUUUAGAUUUUGCAUCCAUCAUGGUUCAGGCCCUGAAUUUGAUUUUACUGACUUCAUCUGAGCUGGCUGAGCUACGAGCUCUUCUAAAACAAUCAUUGGUGAAUUCUGCUGGCAAGGAUUUAUUUCUUUCACUGUAUUCUUCAUGGUGCCACUCGCCAAUGGCAACAAUAAGCUUGUGUCUUCUUGCUCAGGCAUAUCGUCAUGCCAGCGCUGUCAUUCAGUCACUGGGGGAAGAAGACAUAAAUGUGAAGUUCUUGGUUCAGCUUGAUAAGUUGAUCCGCCUUCUGGAGACUCCAAUAUUUGCUUACUUAAGAUUGCAGCUCCUUGAACCUGGAAAAUUCACAUGGUUGCUGACAGCCUUGUAUGGUCUUUUGAUGCUACUGCCCCAGCAAAGUGCAGCCUUCAAGAUAUUAAAGACUCGAUUAAAAACUGUACCAUCAUAUACUUUCAGUGGCGAACAACUGAAGCGUACAUCGUCAGGGAACCCGUAUUUUCAGAUUCUACAUGGUAAUGAAGAUGGGAACAGGAACCAAGAUGAUAAUGUAAUCAACUUUCCAUCUAGGCUACAGCAGUUCGAGCACAUGCAACGCCUACAUAGGAUGCAUAUGAAAUCACAGUCUCAGUCACGAUCUUUAUCAUCCACCAUGGGGUCGCAGGAGAGGAAGAAAUCUGACGACUCACGACGGCCUUCAUCGGUAUCAGAAAUUGCACGGCCCCCUUCUCGAUCACAAUGGAUCAAUUCAGGACACAUGCAACGGUGACAUUGAGCACUCUAUUCUUGUUCUUUCUUAUUUUAUUUGGUUCCAGAGUCGCCAAAACAGUGUGAACAUGUUGUUAAGUUCCAUAAGUUACAUGGUCAAUAUCCAGACCAAUAUCAAGUUCUUGAUGCCUGGGCCCUGGAAGCAAUAAUGUUUCUUCCUCCAUUGCGGAAGUUUUCAUAAUGUGAUUAAUUGGUGAACAAGGUAUUGUAAAGUGCUCUCACGUCUAAUUUAUAAGUGAGAGGAUGUAUUUUGGUACAUGUGUUGCAGUUGUUUGUAGCAUAAAUAAGACUUCCAUAAUUUAAGUUAAAAUGUACAUUGUAGGUCUUGUGCCCCUUUGCUUUCGAUUGGAAUAAUGUCUGUAAAGUACUUCGGCUUCAGCCCAUAUGUAUUCUUUGGAGAAAUACAAGUAAUUCUUUGAGAAGAUCCAUUGCUGAUU